UUAGUGUUGACCAAAAUGAUUCUGAAGGAGCACCUUUUGAGCAUUCGAUUUCUGUCGCCGAGCUUCAUCAGGGCGAGUGUAUUGAUCGCGAUUCACCUGAUUCAGUACUACAUCGAAAGUUUGUGGCACAAGUACUGUCCCGUGUUUGCCCGCCCGGUGGUGAAGAUCGAUGCUGGGAAGCUGCGAGGGCUGAGUCAACGGCUUUCCAAUGGGAAACCGUACCACUUUUUUAAAGGCAUUCCGUACGCUGAGCCUCCGGUCGGAGAGUUACGAUUUAAGCCCCCUGUUGCGUUGGAGCGAUUUGGCGCACCGAUGCUGGAUUGUUCCGUUCACCGAAGUUGGUGCAUGCAGUUGACAUUUCCCAUGAACAUCGUUAUGGGAUCGGAAGAUGGACUGUUUUUGAACGUUUAUACGCCGGAGAUACCUGGUGAUCAAAUUGAAUCCACGAAGAGACUGCCAGUGAUGAUCUACGUACAUGGGGGAGCUUUCCAGGAAGGAGCUGGAGAUAGUUUCGUGUACAAUCCCUUACCGUUGCUUGAGGAAGGCGUAGUUGUCGUUACGCUUAACUAUCGUCUCGGUCCUUUGGGAUUCCUAUGUUUGCCUGAAGCCGGAAUCUACGGUAACAUGGGACUGAAGGAUCAGCGAAUGGCAUUCAGAUGGGUACAGCAAAACAUUUCUCAGUUCGGUGGAGAUCCGAACAAUGUUACAGUAUUUGGCGCAAGUGCCGGAAGUACAUCCGUUCAGAUGCAUUACCAGUCGGAACAGUCCAGACAAUAUUUCCAUCGAGUAAUUGGUCAAAGUAUUAGUGGCUUCACACAUCCAUACUUUCAAGUUCAACCAGAGGAGAAAGCAAAAAAGUUGGCAAAUUUGUUAGGAUGUAAGGAAAGCUCUAGUCAGGAUUGCUACGAAACGCUCAUGAAGGCUUCUGCUCGACGAAUCGUCCGACUGCAAAACUUUGUCCACAACGAGGCGGAGAAAUCCCAACCGUACAAGUUUUACUUCCGACCAGUUGUAGAGGUAAAACAUGCCCAAGACGCCAUAAUCACCGAUCGUCCGGAAGAUAUCGUCAAGCGGUACGACACCAUGACGAUGCCCAUCAUGACCGGUGGCAAUACCGCCGAGGGUUCCCUGACGGCCUUCAUGUUGCGUGGUCGCAUGAAGGAAUUCGAUCGCCAUCCGGAACGGCUUAUUUCCCUUCUACUUGACGAUGCGGAGAUUCCGGACCGAGUUGGGCUCGGGAAGCUCAUCAAGCAGUUCUACUUUGGAGGGCGUAACAUUGACAAAAGCACCAUUCAACAGCUUAGUGAUCUCAGCACUGAUGCUGACUUCUUGAUCCAUCAGGCAGUUACAGCAGAGUGGAUCGCUCGGAAUCAACCCAGAGUUAGGCACUACUACUAUCUGUUCUCCUUCAGUGGCAGGUGGAGCUUGAUGAAACAUUUGCUCGGAGUGCCUCAAAUUGAUGGAGCCUGUCAUAUCGAGGAUGUUUUCUACAUGUUCAACUCCUACUUCCUGCCGACAAUCCCCGAAGACAGCGACGAAAUGAAAAUUCAAAAAUCGUUCAUAAAACUGUUGACCAACUUUGCCAAGUACGACGAUCCAACGGCGCAAGGAUUUGAACCCAGCCAGCUGAAAUGGCUUCCCGUUCAAAGUUGUGACCGGCGCUCCGACGGUUUCGACAUGGACUGCUUGCUGAUCGAUAAAAAUCUCAAAAUGGUGCGAAAUCUUAACAGAGAACGCGUUGAGCUAUGGCGAGGACUGUUCAAAAAGUAUAAAAAUGGGUAUUUGUACGAGCAGGGAAAAUCACAGCUGAAUUUUUUGUAUUGUAUCAUGUUAGAUUUUAUCAAAGCGCUUACCGCGUUUUUUGCGGCCCUAGUCAAGGGGCUGGUGAAGACCAAGUUGCUGAAGUUGUUUCCCCCCGCGGUGCGUCCAGUUGUACGUGUACGCCAGGGCAAACUCCGAGGCGUCACAACAACAUUGCCGGACGGGACGACGCCGUAUCACUACUUCAAGGGCAUUCCGUACGCAAAGCCACCCGUUGGGGAGCUUCGCUUUCGUGCUCCGGUACCAAUUGAUUCGUUUUACCACCCGAUCGUGGACUGUCUCGUUGAUAGAAGUGCGUGUUUGCAACCGCUGGUUGGGCGCUUCACGUUCGGGAAGGAAGCUGGGCUGUUUUUGAAUGUCUUCACGCCAAGACUGCCGAACGGUGGCGAAGAAAAUGGCGCGAAUCUCCCGGUUAUGGUGUGGAUUCAUGGGGGAGGCUUUAUCAGCGGAUCGGCGGACAGCUUUAUCUACGAUCCGAUCUAUCUCGUCCAGGACGGAGUGGUGGUGGUUGUCAUGAACUAUCGGUUGGGGCUUUUCGGAUUUCUCAGCUUGCCCGAAGCAGGGAUUGAGGGCAACGCAGGGCUUAAAGAUCAGCUACUGGCCCUUAAGUGGGUUAAGAGGAACAUUGCCCAAUUCGGAGGUGAUCCCAACAACGUAACUCUGUUUGGACAGAGCGCGGGAAGUUGGUCUGUUUAUUUGCAUUAUCUUUCGCUAAAUUCCAGACAGUACUUCAAUCGGGCGAUCUGCCAGAGUGGCGUCGUUUGCACAGAGUCGUUCUUUCAAGUGGAACCCUCGACCAAAGCUCGCAAGUUGGCGAAGGUUCUUGGAUUUAGAGGAGACUCGGAUAUGGGUGUUGUAGAUACACUUAUGAGCGCUCCUGCCCACCUGAUCAUGAAGCACCAGUGUAAAAUGGCCAGCGACCAGGAGAACAAACUAGCAAUGAACUACGUCUUCAGACCGGUAAUCGAAAAAGUGGAAACAGUGGAUAGCAUAAUUACCAAAUCCCCUGGAGAUAUUCUCAAAGAUUUCGACUCCAUUCGAAUGCCACUUAUCACGGGAUGCAACACCGGCGAAGGAUGUCUUUCGCUGUACUUUAUGGAGCACAACGGUCAAAUGAGUGCUUUUGACGAAGAAGUUGAGCGACUUGUUCCGUGCUUUCUGAAGGAAAACCCUAAGCUAGAUUGCCAGGCAGUUGGUGGGCAAAUUAAGCGGUUCUACUUUGGCGAUCAGCACUUCACUAAACGCACGAAGCAGCAAAUGUGUGACCUCAUGUCGGACUGCACCUUCAUUACCCCGGCGAUGAUUAACGUUGAGCUGCUGGCCCGAUAUCAACCCAACGUACGGCACUAUCAUUAUCGGUUCACGUUCAGUGGCCAGUUUAAUUUGUUCAAAGGGCUGUUCAACCAGAGCGACAUGGAAGGACCUAGCCACGGGGAUGAUAGUUUCUACAUUUUUGACUCUCCAAUGCUGCCCUCGGUUUCACCAGGAUGCAAGGAAUUCAAAGUGCGAAACAACUUUAUUCGAUUGUGGACCAAUUUUGCCAAAUAUGGAUACCCAACUCCAUCGAAACCUGCGACUGCAGAAAUGUGGCCCGAAGUGCGAUUUGUGGGACCUGAUGCUGAUAAAGUCGAUCUGGAUUGUCUGCAAAUUGAUACAGAAACAGCAGUCAUUAGGAAUCCCUCUGAGCAUCGGACAGUCUUUUGGAGGAAUCUGUUGCAAAAAUAUAAGGAAGAACAUUGUUGAGCUUAAAUUUACAGCAUCAUUAAAGGAACUUAAGAAUCUCAUCGAUUAUGUGCCAACACUUUCAAUAAAUGCAAAGAUUGAAUAUCGAAACUGAAAAUUAUUCAAAAAAUUAAAACACAUUGUUAAGAUCAUGUUACCACAUUUUAGUUCACAAAUAUUUGCAGGAGAUUACAAAACUGCCCGUCCUUCAAGCAGUUUGAAUUUAUUUGUAUUUAAUAAAAGAUAGCAACAUGAACAAAAUCAAAAAUAUCUUUUUUAAGGUAAG